GACCUAACAUGCCUAAUGUUAACAGAGCAUCUGUUCCGGUAGCCGACCAGGUUGUGAAAAAUUACGGUCAGUGUCGUGUUUUUUAACAAAAUUUAACGCAAUCAUGAUGCAACGGUGCGUAUGGCGCCUCCAAAUGCCGCUGGCUCUGCGACGUGGCCUCGCCUCGGGGGAGGCUAAAAAUCAAGGAGUGUCACCAGAGGCAGAGCCAUUGGACUCCUUCGAGCGGCAGUACCUCAAGGAUCGCAUCGAGAUAUCGCCAUUCCAGAGGGUGAUCCUUGGAGCUGGAUCUUCCAUAGCAGCCUUGCUGGAUCCCAGACGCCACGACAUGAUAGCCUGUUUGGGAGAGACCACUGGCGAGGGUGCCUUGGAGAACAUUUUGGACACCAUGCAGGCCAGCGAGGAGGGACAACGCAUCAUGGCCGAGAAGCCCCGCAUCCACACCAGCACCAUUGACUUCAAGCUUCUGGAAAGCCUGCCAGCCGACUCCUUUGGAGCUGCCUACGUCAAGUUCUUGAAAGAUAAUCAAGUCACGCCAGACAGUCGCAUGGCGGUGCGGUUUCUGGAGGAUCCCAAGCUGGCCUACCUGAUGACACGCUACCGCGAGUGCCACGACCUGAUCCACACGGUUCUCGGCAUGCCCACCAACAUGCUCGGCGAGGUGGCGGUCAAGUGGGUGGAGGCUCUAAACACGGGUCUGCCGAUGUGCUACGGCGGAGCUGUUUUCGGCGCGGUGCGCCUCCGUCCCAAGCAGCGGCGUGCGUACUUGAAACACUAUUUGCCCUGGGCCCUGGAGAACGGCAAGCGGAGCAAGCCCCUGAUGCCCGUUUACUGGGAGAAGCGGUGGGAGCAGAAGCUCCAAGACCUGCGUGCCGAGCUUGGCAUAACUGUUUUAAAUAAAGUAUAACUUUUCUUAUUAUUUUUAAAAA